AGAACCGGUGAUUUCCACGUGUUUUCGAGUGCAGGUGAAAAGAAGCAUCAUGAUGGACUCCGCAGUGGUUUGUAAUAAUUGUGGCCUGCCCUAUACGUUGUCCGAGGAAGAGGAGGAGGAGGAGGUGGUGGUGGUGGGGGGUAGGCUGCCCCAUGUGCUCUUCUGCGGUCACAUCUUCUGCACUGAGUGUCUCCAUUCUCUGCAGUGUCCACAGGACAACGGCAACAUCCUGUCCAACAUCAUCUGUCCUGACUGCAAGAUGAGCUCUGAAAUUGGUGAGGAAGGGGUGGAUGGAUUGCAAGUGGACAGCAGGAUAGUUGGCCUUAUCUACACAUCCAAGAUGAACUCCAAGAGAAGGCGAGACAGACACACCGCUCACAGAACGAGGGGUCGAGCGGCGCGUUCGUCCCACGAGGAGCUUGCUGAGGAGGGUCCUGAUGUGGGGAAAGUUCUAAAUGAAGCCCUCUGUAGAGCAAAAGAAAACCUGAAGAGCCUGGAUAACCUGCACCAGUCUCUGUUUACAGGCAUUCAGUCUCAGCUGAACAAAGAGAAGACGCGCGUCAUAAAGGAAAUCGACGAGUGCGUCGAGAAGGCGAUCACCGUACUGCAAAGAAGACGCAAUGCACUGGUAUCUGAUCUGAGCUGCCUAGAGGAGCUCUUCUCACCUGGGAGAGAGGAGUGUCAGAAACUGCAAAUGCGACGGAAAGAACUGCACACAGCCAUCCAAAAAGCGCAACAUGUUUGCCAGGUCCCAUUGCUGGAGACGUACUGCCAUCUGGAAGAGAUUCUGGAGACUCUGCAGAGUCCUUUGGACACCGAGUCAUACGACAUGAGCUGCCUCACUCUACGAUCAGGUCUUCGGUGCAUUCUCCAUGAAGACUACGUGAAAAGCUCCCUGGAGUUCACGGAUUCACCACUCAUGUGUGAGGAGACGGCCAUCCCGGUCGCUGCAGUCAGGGCUAAGGGUUCAUGGGAACACAGAGGACACAGGGACGGCCCUCAAGCGCCCAUCUUUCCGCGCACAUCAUCCCGAAAACGCAUCCCUCCUACAAGCCCUGAUGUGAUUAUAGAGGAAAUCAUUGAGGAACCAGUUGCUGGUGGGGAGGAAGAAGUAAAAGACCAAAAGCCCAAGCAUCCACAGAGACAAAGGGUAGCAAGAAAGAAUCGCAAAGCACCAACGGACAGGACCGCGUUCUCCCAAACAUCGCAGGAGUUGGUUGCCGUAACCCACAUAAUCAACCCUUCGCAUUUCUACGUGCGCUAUGUGAUGGAGCGCAAGGCGGGAGUCUUUCUGUCCAAAAAGAUUAACAGCAUUUGCUCUGGAGUGCGUAGCCACUUCACCGGAAUGGACCAAAUCAAGACCGGUGCGUUGGUGUUUGUUAAACGGAAAGACAACGUCUGGUGUAGAGCAGAGGUGCGCGAGUUGAUCCAGAAAGGCUGUCUGGAGUGCGUGACUCAGUGCUCCGCUAGUGAUGUUGCACACCUGGAAGUGUUCUUCCUUGAUUAUGGCUACUCCAAAGGACUCACCAUUUCUGGCGAUGAUGUUGCGGAGCUAAACGAACGUAUGCGAAAAGCCGAUUCUGCUGCUCAGGCAGACCUGCAUCACUGGGCCCCUCAGGCAAUUAGGUGUUCCCUUAAAGGCAUCAUUCCCUCAAACCUGGUGAAAGGUUGGUGCAGGGAAGCAUCCGAAGAGAUGAAGCACGUGAUCGACUCAAGUGUUGUGAAGAUGCAAGUGCUCGGAGAAGAGAGAGACACGCUGCUGGUGGAUCUAAAGAAAAUAUCAAUGAACACUACGCUUUCUCUGAGCGAACACCUUGUGUUUAUGGAACUCGCCAGGUUCUAUUCUCCCCAGUUGGCCCCUGGAGGCAGUAAGACACUGCAGUUUUACCAACCUGUGUAUCCCAUACUGAACACUGAGCUGAACGCUGUGGUCUCCCACGUAAACACACCGUCCGACUUUUACAUACAGCUUGUGGACAAUAUGGAGUUCCUGCUACUAAACACACAACUGCAGAACUGUUAUGGGCUUCCUGGAGCUGAAAGUGACCUUCAAGUCUACUCCCCUGUUCUGUCUCAGGCAUGUGUUGCCCUCUAUGACAACAAGGACUGGUGCAGGGCUCUAGUCACAGGUUUCCCUGGUGGACGGAUGGUGGAAGUGCAGUAUGUAGAUUUCGGCAACACUGAAACUCUGUCUGUUAAAGACCUCAGACAGAUAAAGGACGAGUUUUUCGCACUGCCGGCCAUGGCGCUUUGGUGUUCUUUGGAUAGCGUUAUGAGCGCGGGAAGAACCUGGAGCGAGGAGAGCAUUAACGUUUUCCGUGAACUUACAGACCAGAAAUUGGUCACUGUAGUCGCCAAAAAACUCGGGUCCAGUACCGUGGCUAUGCCGGUACGUCUUUAUGAGGUCACCGAGGAUUCUACCGCACGCCAAUCAAGCAUUGGAGACUACUUGGUUAAGCGGACUGGCUUCGCUAAAAAAAGACGUCUACACACACUUCAGUCCAGUUUGACCCUACCUGCUGUUCUGAAGGAUGUGAAAGUCAGGGUUACCCAUGUGACCGCCCCUGGAAAUAUAUUUGUGCAGCUGCUACAGUAUGACCCUCACCUAAAGAGGAUUCACGACGUGCUGAAAAACGAGUAUUCCAAAUCCGAACCACAGGAGAUCGUUUGGAAAGCGGAGAUGUCCUGCGCUGCUAAUGUCAACGGUGUUUGGGAGAGAGGAAAAGUGUGCAGCGUGUCCUCAAGCGACGUCGCAGAGGUUCUGCGUUGUGACUUUGGAAAUAAAGUGAAGGUCGACGUGAGUGACCUGAGACCUCUUCUCCCAGACUUGAUUGGCUCUUUUUUGCUCGAGUGUCGCCUCACUGAUAUAAGACCAGCUGGUGGUUGCUCCUCCUGGACAGCUACAGCGUGUGACUUCAUUUCCUACUACCUCAGCGGUGCCAUGGCUUUGAUGACCGUUAAGGAGCCUUCGUCUGUCAGACCAGUACUUUCUUUGUCUUGCUCAAACAAAGCAGGCCAGAAUGUCAGCAUCGCGGAUUUCCUCGUCUCUGAGGGUCUCGCGCUGAGAGACAGAAGUGUCGAACCUGCACCGGCAGAACCUGACACAUCUGAUGACCUUGGUUGUUCAUCAAGUGGAAUUGCGUCCUUGGAAGAGUGUAAAGAGAGCAAUACAUCGUCGGCUCCCUCUCACACGCAUGCGCCCAAACCUGCCCCACGCAGGACUCCUCCUCCAGAAAAUGUGAGUACCCAGGCCUACCUACCACCAGAGCUGCCCCCCUGUGGGGACAUACACAUGAGCGUCUCUGCUGUCUCUGACGAUGGAGUCAUCUAUGCGAUGACACUAAACGCCGUGUGCGAGUUCGAGCGCUUGCAGGAGCAGCUCCAGCAGCACAUUAAGACCUUGCCCAGGCAGAAGCACUAUAACUGGAAGAACGUUUUGGGAUGCGCCGUCAUGGGCUCCGACAUGCUCUGGUACCGUGGAGAAGUCCAGGAAGUUAUCGGAGGCUACGUGAAGGUACGAUAUGUAGAUCAGGGGGUUGAGGAGAACAUUCCAGUGUGCCACGUGUAUCCAGUGGUGCUUUGUGAGAAUGUUCCUCAGCUGUGCAUGCCGUGCCGGAUAAGUGGAGUGUGCCCGGUGGGGGACUCGUGGCAGUGCGACGCAGUGGCGCUCAUGAAAGAGUCGUUGCUUGGACGCGUAGUCAGUGUGCACGUGAUUGAGCUGCCAGAGGAUCCACACGGCUUGGUUAAUGUGGAAAUGAUACUGGAUGGGAUGCCUCUAAGCAGAAUCAUGGUGCACCACCAGCACGCCACGUUCAACCUGCCCAUCAGCCCUGAGGAUUGUGUGGUGAAACCUCCAGUGCCUGAUUUGGAUGACUGGGACUUGAAUACAGAGGGUUUGGAGGAACCUCAGGCCAUUUCAGACAUCUACACUGACCACAAACUUCCAGACGUAGGGAAGUCCUGCUGGGUCAAAAUCAAACACAUUCGCACCCCUAACGAGGUUUUUUUGAGUGUCAUAGAUACACCAGGUUGUGACCAGGAGUCUCUGGAUGAAGCUUUGGGUCGAGUGAACAGAGACAUCGAUGAUUUGCCCUUGCUGAAAGAUUUCCCUUUUGAGGCUACUUGUUUAGCCGAGUACAGUGAUGGUAAAUAUUACCGUGCAAAGCUUCUGGGCUUUUCUGAGCUCAACCCCAGCACCCGGCUUCUUGUGAGACAUGUGGACUUUGGCUCUGAUGACAUUUUGCCACUAAGCAAAUUACGAUGUCUUCCCAAGACUCUGCUCUGUUACCCGUGUGAGGCGGUGUGUGUUCAGCUGGCAGGGUUCAAGCCCUCGCAUCUGUGUCAAGAGUCAGCACGCAUUCCCUACCGACCAGAGUGGAGCAUGAAGGCCAUGAUGGAGAUGAUCGACCUGCUUCAUGGAAAACUGCGCGCUGUGCUUACGGCUGUAGAGCCACACCCGACUGUGAUGCUGUACAACGCAGAUGGAACUUUGGUCCACACUCCUCUAGUGGAGAAAGGCCUGGCUGAUUAUGAAUGAGGAAACAGAAUAAAGUUGCACUGCGGAGAACCUGCAGGAAGGGAGUUUUUAUGUUCUUGCUGUCGAGUUUGUUUUGACGAAGACGUUCGAAGUUUCGGAACGCAUUUAUAUUUUCGGUUCGCAUUUUAGUUCGUACGGCAGAUAAAGGAAAAAUGCCUGCAAUUUAACGGAUACACAAACCAUCCAGGUCCGUUUAAGUAGCUGGAGUUGAUGCUAUACAUCAAAAGUCUCAGUAUGGAGGGAAAAAAAAAAGAAUUAAAUUUAAAUAAUUGUUAAAUAUUAUUUAACACUUAGUUUAACACUUGGUUGCAUCUGAAAAUGAGUCAUUGUGCAAAGCUUUGCAUUAAUGUAGAUGCUAAUUAGAAUUGAUUUGCACUUUCAAUUACAAGACCGUUACAAUUCGAAUCGUAACGCAAUAGUUUUGUUUGCUCCAAUUACCUUUUGCUUGAGGGUAGUGGUCUCAAUUUGUUGUCUCCUACUGGCGAGCUCUACCAGAAAAUUAUGGGCAUUUCCGUAGGCCAAUUUUUUUUUUUUUCUUCGAAAGACAUAAAGGGGACAUUUGGUGAUUGAAUGUUCAGUCCUCUGUUACAGUAUUGAUCCUGUAUUUGUGUUAAUUGAUUGUGAUUUUGUUCUUGUUACAAAACAAGUAAAUUCCUGCUGUGUUUGAA